AGCAGAUUGGCGUUUGGAACUAAUUCUAUAAUUCACACUCAUUAUUCUUGACGGCGCGAGAUACGCCCAAAAAAUAAUACCGAGGACUCAUAAUCGUAUGGUCGAUUCGGCGCACCCUACAAUCCGCCCUAUUGUCAAUCAGGCUACUGCCCGCAGCCUCGCCUCACGACACUCUCACGACGAGAAGCACGUCGCAUCAACUCAUCCAUCAAUACCAGCCUCGCAGCCAUCGACACCAUCAUGGCAGCUGGAGCAGGUAGCAAAGCUGCCAGCGACGAUGAAUCCACUAUCAAAGUCGCACCCAAGAAGGAGACCAAGGACAAGCCCACAGGAACCAUCAAACUUAAGAAACCUCCACCCAAGCACAACAAACCGGGGAAUUGGCGCGAUGGGAGUGUAGUCGAUGGUGGGCCCCCCGACUCAAGUAUGCGCCCGUACGUGCUUAUCAUCACAGAUGACAAGAACAAGGGCACCGGCACACCCUCGACGAGCUCUGUGCCAGUUUCCCCGGGUCCAAUAGUCAAUCCUCUCGACGAUGCUGCGCGAGACACAUUUCCCACCGGCCGACCCUUGGAGGACGGAACUUCGCUUUUGCAAUGCAAGCACUGCAAGAAGAGUAUUAUGAAGGAUAAGAUGCCAGCGCAUCUCACACAGUGCUUGGAGACGAAGAGGCAGAAGGCGCAAAGAAAGAAAGAGCAGAAAGAAGCUCGAGAGAAGGAGAAGAAAAAGGCAGCCAAAGAGAACGAGAAGGACGAGGAGGGCGACACCAAGAUGGCCGAUGACGACGACGAUGACGACGAUGCCUCGCCCGAGAAAAAAGGUCCUGGUGGAUUGAAAUCUACGAAGAAAAGUGCUGGGAAGAAAGUCGAGGUUGACGACACGAAAAAGGGAAAGAAGCGCAAGGCCGAAGGUGAUGCUGAGAAGGGCCCAAAGCAGAAGAAGAAGAAAGAGGAGCCAAAACCAAAGGCUCCGAAAGCAAGAGGUCCUGUCGAUGUCGAGAGACAGUGUGGUGUCAUCAAAGAUGGGGUCCCUUGCGCUCGUUCUCUGACCUGCAAAAGCCAUUCGAUGGGAGCAAAGAGAGCCGUCCCUGGGCGAUCUUUACCAUAUGACAUGUUGCUUGCAGCAUAUCAAAAGAAGAAUCAGGCGAAGCAGCAGAAAGCUGCGAUUGAUGCGAAUGCCCCUCUUGAAGAUGAAGAAGAUGGGAAUGGUCCUGUUGAUUCGGAUGAGGAGUUGGCAGCUGUACAGUAUGGUCUUGCGAACUGGAAUCCUCAACCAGUUGUUCCACCUUUGUUAUCGAUACCUAUCGAACGUCAAUACCAGAAACAGCGGUUACGAGAGCAGAUGAUGAAUGCUACGAAUGGCGGGAUCAUCAAUAUUUUCAAGGUGAAAGGGUUCGGUGCACAGAAACUUCGACCUGAUCAUCCACAUCUCGCGGAACGAGAACCUGGUGAUGAUGAAGGCGAAUCAAAAGCACAGAACCCUUUGAGCGAUGGUAUGGCGGCCGUUGCGGCAAGGAGAGCAAGUGGGUUCAACAUGCAACUACCUCUGCAAAGGAAGGCCUCUGGGACGGCUCAACGGGUUUGAAGCUCGGAAUUGUACAUACUCUGGGAUUUGGUCAUUCACUGCAUGGUGUUGGGGCUGGGCUCGGCUGGAUAUGAUUAGACUGGCAUGUCUUUGGAUUAUUCAUUGGGAGGUUUGGUAGGGCUCAUGGCUGGACUGGUUGGUGUUGGGUUGAAGGACUGGAGUCUGGGCAUUCUGUACAUCAUCACUUGGUCUGUCAUGCCCUGAAACGACGGCUUUGCAGAUUUGGCUCGCAUUUUCACGAGUGAAGCAUACUGAUCAUAUAAGCUAUUAAUUGGCCUGAGCAGGCACAGACGAAAGUAUACCAUGGUUCGUGGGAAGAACUCUUAUGUCAUUGCACUAAAAUAAUGCUCUUGUAAGUACAUGCAACCCGGGCGAUAAGACAGCCAUCCCAUCACCCGACGCUAUGUAACGUCCUCCCCAACUUUUUAUUUAUAUACAUUUAUCAUCCAGCUACUCUCCACGGCAGGUAAAGUUCCUGGCGAAGUAAGAGAAGUGGCA